AUGGAUCGUCGGCGGUUUUUAACCAUUAAAGAAAUUGAAUCCUACAUCGAUACAUCAGGCAGUGAGGUUGAAGACGAAGAAGCACCAAGUUCUGCUAAACGAAGGAAAGUGGAUCAAGUUCCUUCGAAUAAAAUUGCUCGUGUUGUGUACAUUCCACCAGCAGAUGUUGAUGCAGUCAGUGACGAAGAACUAAUUGAUGAUAAUGAGUUGAUAACAGAAGUACCAGCUAUGACCGAUGUAUGUGGAGAAUUAGAAGUCGAGCACGAAUCAGGUGUCGUAGAUUUUGCAUCUCCGCCACCAUGUUCAUCUGAAACACCUGAGGCUGGACCAUCUAUUUCUAAAAAAACUACAAAGCAUACUGCAGAAAAGGAUUUUGUUAUACCUAAAUGGAAAACAACCAAACGUGUUGAUUUUGAAUUCGGUCCGCCUGAUGAAGCAGCUGUUCAACCACUGCAAAAAAAUCGUGGAAAAACACCGUUUGAACUGUUUCUACAGUUUUUCGAUGAAGAAAUAAUGGAAAUGCUCGUCGUGAAUACAAAUAUAUAUGCUCAUCAGAAUAAUAUCGUGACAGAUAUUACUAAACAGCAGAUCUAUCGUUUCAUCGGAAUUUUGAUACUAAGUGGCUAUCACAAAGUACCUCACGUUGAACAUUAUUGGAGUACACAGCAAACACAGGUAUACCAUGUAGUUAAGCAAGCAUUAUCACGUUAUAACUUCCAAUUGAUCAAAAGGAUCUUCCAUUUAAUGGAUAAUAAUGAAAUUGAAUCCACAGACAGAUUUGCUAAAGUUCGUCCUCUUAUCGAUGCGUUGAACCAUGAACAAAUGAUACCGUAUUUUGGUCGACAUUCAUGCAAGAUGUUUAUUCUGGUUAUUUAUAUGCAGUAUCACCAUAUGGAGGAUCCACUGUACCGUAUGAUUGAAAUGUAG